UUCUGAAUUUCCUUCUUCACCUAUACAAAACAUUAGUUAUUAAAAAAUAUGGAUUACUAGCAGCUGUCUUUUCAAAAGAUUCACUUAUGUACGAAUCAACGUAAUUUAGUUUGGAGACGUAACACAAUCAAUCGUUGAGGGGAAAAUGGAACAAGGCAUACGCGAACUGGAAGCUGCUGCCGAAGUGCUGCUGGCACCCCCAAAUUGUGUGACGAACGAACAACGACAUGGAGCAGAAGAAGUUUUCAUGAAUUUUCGCAAAGUUAAAUCACCAUUUGGUUUGUGCAAAUGCAUUCUGGAUGCAAGCACCUCUGAUCUGGUACUUUUUGAGGCAGCAGGCCUGCUUAAGGACUCAUUGAUAAGAGAAUGGAAUUCAGUGUCAGAGCAGGAUCUAAAAAGUCUAAAAACAUACCUACUUAACUAUGUGGUGCAAAGAACCACACUUUCUGCCUAUGUUCGAGAAAGAAUCCUACAGGUUGUUGCAAUUAUGGUCAAAAGAGGAAGUGUGGAGGACUUGGGAGCAGACCGGGGCCAAAUAUUAAAUGAUGUGGAGCAGCUUGUCAUCAGUGGUGAUAGUAAUCAACAGAUGAUUGCAUGUAGUGUUUUGGCAGCUAUCAUGCAGGAGUAUUCAAGUUCAGUAAAAUCGUCGGAUGUGGGUUUGCGUUGGGAAAUUCACUUCAGGGUCAAGCGCCAAUUUGAAGGCACCGAUUUGAAAAGGAUCUUCCAUUUCGUUAUCCAAGCUCUUCGAACCUUUGGAAGUGACGAUAGGCCAAUGAACAGAGAAUCUUGCCUUUUGCUGAGCCGAUUACUUGCCAUUGCAGAAUCCGUCCUUAGCUGGUUUUUCGUACCGUCCACUAUGCUACCAAAAAGAUUAAUUGGCGUUUUUGAGGCUGAUCAGAACCCUUCCCUGAGACCAGGGCCGCAGUGGUCAGAUGUAUUUAUGGAGCCGAAUGUGGUAGAACUUUUUUAUCAACUUCACUAUAAAGUUCGCCAUUUGCCAGAUUUAUGCCAUCACACCCUGAACUGCCUCACUCAAUUAGCUUCAUUAAAUGGACCAGUGCUGGCCAACAAAGAUGUACGCGUUUCAUACGUCUCCCAUUUCCUGACUCAGUUUGUUCACCUUGUUGGUGGAACCGAAUUACGUCCCCAAGAAUCCCUAGGUGUCUCCUCCAUCUUCCGGAAGCUCGUUCUCUUCUUUCCACCUGACACUUUGGCAGCUUUGAACCCCGAUCUACUCCAGACAGUGUUUCUGCAUUGCACGCGGUUGACAUGCAAGUUCGCUGAGCAAGCAGAAAGAGAAUCAACUUUGUCGCCUGAUGACAAUCUCUAUAUGGAAGCCUUUGAUAAUAUGGUUAUAGGAUGGGAUUCUUUAGGCGUGGACUCUUCGUUCAUUAAAGAAGAAUGGCGCAUUGAAAUCCUUAACACAUUUAUCAAAUGUCAUUUAGGAGCGCCUGACGGUAUCCGAGGUGAGGGAGCAAACGAAGAAACAGAAGAAGAAAUUGACGAAACAGAGGAAGAUGAUAAAACCAAAUUCCGUGACCAAUUAAAUAGCAUCGGUACCUUCAGCCGCUCCGUGGCAUCCCACAGUUUGCUUUUGUUAGCCCGUUUACUGGAAGAUCGAAUUACGCGAUUCAGCACGCAACUCCAGCGAAUGCAUGGGCAAUCGUUAAGCCAAAGCGAUCAGCACAUGCUAGGAUCUCUGUUCGAGGAUCUCCAUUGGCUCUUACUCAUCUCAGGUCAUACUCUCACACUAGAUUCGGAUGGAGAAACUGCUGUUAUACCACAAGAAAUUCUGCAGCACAGUAUUGCUCAGGCUCCGACCGUCAGUGUAGAAACAACGCUCAAGGUUAUUGCUUCUCCGGGUAACCGUGCUACUGACAUUGCUGGAAUGGAAGAAACCUGUGACCACGUGGCCCGUCUUAUUGCGGCGGUAUUGCGCUUGUGCGAAGUAGAACGACGCGCGUCGGAUGCUGGAUUGGCACAUCUUAUGAGCCCCGAAAUGGGUUCUACUAUUGUGUGGUGGUUGCGUCGUUUCGCACUGACUUACAUGCUACCAAACGAAAAUUUAUAUAUUGAAUUGAGUCCCUCGUUUUCAGCUGCCUUUGGGCGUGAUUCUGAAGGAGCCAGUUGGAUAAUAGGAUUUCUCCUGAAUAAAGUCGAAUCCAACCUACGAACGCAGACGGCCGAAGCGGGAUUAAUGAAUGAAACCCUGAAGCUUCUAAUGGCGCUGGUCGACACUAGAGAAAAGCGCAACGUCGUUAUUAACAGUGGACCGUUUUGGACCCUAGUUCGGAUGCACAACAAUAACGAGCUUCUCCAGCUUGGGGGGAUUGCGAGACGAAAAUUCUUUCAGGCAUUGACGAUUGCUGGUGCUGGCGCUAAUAGCCCCACUUGUGUUGGGCUAGGUGAUCAGAAUUAUUUUUGGAAUCAAGUGUUGAAGCCAUUGGAAGAUCGUUUAAUAACUGUCAUACAGUCCGAGAGUCUUAAUCGUCUGGUUCACCAAGACGAUGUUCGAUUCGCUAUUACCACAGGAUUGGAAUCACUUAUAGGUGUCGCGAUGGGAAGUCAGGUGGCAACCGUUCAGAUGCUGUUUGCCUCGCUACAACCUGUGCUUCGUGAACUACCCAAACUUAUCCACGCAGCACAUAAUUACAAUCUCAUAGUAGAGUUGGUUCUGGAGCUUUUGAGCACUUGUGCUCGUGUAAUGCUCAUUUUCUUAUCUCAAUCUGACAGUGAAAAACUUUAUCGUUUAGCUCUGUCCGCAACGCAAGCGUAUGCCACACGUACUAGUGGGCGAAUCACGCGUGAAGCUUCGGCUGAAGAAGAUGCGCAUCGUGACCUGCUGCUAUUUAUGGAGUUACUCAUGAAUUUGUUGUCCAAAGAUAUUAUUGACCUUAGUCCUUUUGCCAGUGAAGGGACCCCUAUUUCUGCAUCAGAGGUUUGUCUCCAUGGAUUGAACUUAUUGAUGCCAUUGAUGAACGCCGAGCUACUUCGUUUCCCGCAGUUAUGUUGGCAUUAUUACAAGCUCAUUACUUUCGCUUGUGAAAUAUGUCCUGCGAAAAUAGUGUCUUUACCAUCCGACAUGUUAUCAAACCUUUUUGCAUCAUUGCAACUGGGUAUGAACUCUUUUGGCUCUGACGUCGCUGCUUUUUGUUUCGAGUUCAUCCAGGUUUUGUCUACUCAUUUAGCAAAGAAUGACAGGACGUGUUCUGCCUAUGAAGCUAUGAAGCCAUUUCUUAAGAUUGUACUUGAGAUGAUACUUUAUCAACAAAUAAGCUCGGAUCUUCUUAACGUUGCUAGUGGAACUUUUUACGCAUUGAUUUGUGCAUACCAGACUGAAUAUCAACUUCUAGUUGAGGAAUUGUUAUCUCAACAAGAAGAAGAAGCCUGCCGAAAUCGUUUAGUGAACGCUUUCAAUAAUUUGACUGUUGGGGUACCUUUGAAUGCUGAACGAAUAGGGCGGAUGAAAUUCCGCGACAACUUUGAUGCCUUUAUUAUGGAAGUUCGCAGUCUUUUGAUUGUCAAAUGAUUGCAUGUAAUUAUUGUGCCUUUUUUGUGGAAGAAAGCCAGUUGAUUUGCUUGUUUAUGUUUCAAUUUAAAAAUUCCUACUUUUCAAAGUAAACUUUGCAAAUACACUGCGGGUUAAUUUUA